GGGAGCGGGGCCGCACCGGGCCGCACCGGGCCGCACCGGGGCCGGGGCUCGGCACCAUGAAGCUGACCACCCAGGCUUACUGCAAGAUGGUGCUGCACGGCGCCAAGUACCCGCACUGCGCCGUCAACGGGCUGCUGGUGGCCGAGCGGCCGCCGGCGCCGCGGCCGGCGCAGCCCGCGCUGUUCGUGGAUUGCAUCCCGCUCUUCCACGGCACGCUGGCGCUCGCCCCCAUGCUGGAGGUGGCCCUGACCCUGAUUGAUUCCUGGUGCAAGGAGAACAGCUACGUGAUAGCUGGAUAUUACCAGGCGAACGAACGCGUGAAAGAUGCCAGCCCAAACCAGGUUGCAGAGAAAGUGGCCUCGCGGAUUGCCGAGGGUUUCACAGACACUGCGCUCAUCAUGGUUGACAACACCAAGUUCACCAUGGAGUGUGUGGAGCCUGCCAUCCAUGUGUACGAGCUGCACGAGAACAAGUGGAGGUGCAAGGACCCCCACGUUGACUUCUGUGAAGACUGGACCGAAGCCCAGCGCAUCGCUGCCUCCCUGCUGGACAGCAAAUCCUACGAGACCCUGGUGGAUUUCGAUAAUCACCUGGAUGACAUCCGCAACGACUGGACAAACCCCGAGAUCAACAAAGCUGUGCUGCACCUCUGCUAGGAGGGAUCCUCCUGACUAAUCCAUGGGCAUUCCCACUCUGUACUGAAGAGAGAAAAAUGCUAUUUUUGAAUGUAAAUAGAAUUAAUAUUCAGUACCUUGUGUGGAAAGCUGACUGAUUAAAGAGGAGUGGCCUGUCCCGCGGCGCGGUGCUGUGUCCGUAAAGCCACGGGAUGUUGGUGGUGACAUUCCCUGGAAGAGCUGCCAGCUGUCACUUCCAGCUGUCCUCGUGGACACCAUCCCACCUGUAGUGAAUGUUGCUAUUCCUUGGAAAACAGAACUGCUUCUGCUUGGCCCCUGCUGUUCCUAUUCCAAAGUUUUGACUUCAGCUUUUCUAAUCUUUAGAGAGGUUACUUUUUAACGAUUUCUGGAAAUACCUUUCCAAAAAAAAAAAAAAAAAAUCAAUCCUGUCCUCAGGUGAGAGAUUUUAAGGGCAAAUAGAUCAAAUGAGAAGUGAAUGGUUUCUUCUGGCCUGGGUUGGAAUUGUAACUCUCUUGGCACAGUAAAAUGCAAACUGCUGAGGAUGUUCCAUGCUCAUGUGUCACCUGUUUUGCAGUGCUUUAGCAUGACAGAGAGUUUUAAAGCAGUAUUCCCAAAUAAUCUGGUGAUUCUUGCUCUCCAUGGGCUUGGCAAGCACAGUUACUGCUUGAAUGUGUUAAACCCAAAGUAAAUGAUUUAUAAAAAGGACUGGGAGCACACUGCUGAGUUUGAAUCUGCAGUUGGAGUCUACAGUAGUGAAGUACUGUAUUAAUUUCAUGCAUUUUGUGGGGGGAGUUAAUCAGCAGAUCUCAUUUUCCACGUGAUCCAAGUACAUGGAAUCAGGGAGCCUGGGUACAGCCUAGUUCAGCUUGCCUUGUCUUUCCCAUUAAUAUUUAUUUCCAAGGAGAAGUUUCCUGGACAAUGCAGCUUUAUACCAGCCUAGAAAAGCUCUUUGUUGCCUCUCUCCUGACUGUAGUUAAACACAGCCUCAACCUGCAACAAUUCCUCCAGAUUUCCUUCCCUUCCUGCCCAGAAAUAUUGUUACAAGGAAGAUCCAAAUAUCCACAAAAUGUCUGCCCGUCCCCAAUCUUAGUGUUAAAAUCACAGCAAAGUUUGGGUUGGAAGGGACUCAGACAUCAUCUCAUUCCAUGGGCAGGGACACCUUCCCCAUGAGCAGGUUGCUCCAAACCCCAUCCAACCUGGGCUUACUUCAAAAUGGAAUUGUCUGAACCUCACAAUUUUGAGUCAAUAAGCCCAGGUUUUGCUCCUGGUUUUUGAGAGGGAUGGGGCAAGGCUAAAAUCCCAUUUAACAGCAGGGAAUAAACCCUGGAUGCCCCCAGGCUGUGGAGUUCCCUCCAGGGGAGAUUCCACAGGGCCAUGGGGUGAGGUGAGAGGGAGGAGAGGAAGCUUUGGGCACUUUGGUUUUUAUUUCCCUGCUGUGCACGGGUGAGGUGUGAUUACCAAAGAGCUUGGCACCGAGUCAAGAACCUUCCCUAGGCUGAGUCAGGCUUGCAGAGGGAAAUGUUUUCACUUGUUGACUGAAAACACGUAUUUAGCUCCCCAAACCAGUGAGAUAACACAUUCCGGUGGCUGCUCCACUCCCUAUCUGUAGGAAAAGAUUUCCCUGGAGCAGAAUGCAAAGCACCCAGGCUGCAGGAAGAGGGCUUUGUGCAAACAGCCAGCGAAAUCCAAGCCGGGGCUGUUUAAUGUGCGGCCGGCGUUGCCUGCAUUCGAACCGCUGCUUGAAAAGGAGCCUGAAAAGGAGCCUGAAAAGGAGCCUGGAAGGCGCGGGGGCCUCGCCUGUUAAUUGCGGAGGAGGGGGAACACGGAAAAGCCUCUGGCUGCUGCUGAUGCAGGCCAAGGCGGCUGCUCCGGAGGCACAGCCUGGCCCCGGGCUGGGACCCGACCCGCUGGGACCCGACCCGGAGCGCUCAUCCCGGGAACGCGCCUGCAGCGAGGGCCGGCGGCGGGGCUGGAGGGCUGGAUCCCGCUGAGAGGAUGAAAACAUGGGGCUCAGGUUCUCCUGCCUGAAAGGCCUGAAGAUGUGUGUGAGCAGCGGGAACGGCAGCGAGGGCACCCCGAGGGCGGGACAGAAGCACCUCCACGUGCCCUCCAUCAUCGUCACACCGCCCACGCCCACGGGCACCGCGCUGGCCCGGCGUGGGGAGGGUCCCUCACCCUGCAGCCCCUGCUGAGAGGGGACACGGGGCACGGCCAGCCCGGCAGGACCCGUCGGGAUGGAGCCACAGCCCCCAGGGCACGGCCGCAGCUGCCAGGGACACGCGGGGCACCCACGCGGCUGGGUUUGGACACCAGGGACUGGGGUUUGUCCCUUUUCCUGACAGCGCCGGGCAGGGGGAUCCCUCCUCGGUGAAUAAAACCCUGGGGUUCUGCA